AUUUUGUAAUUUCGAAAUAAAUUAAUUUGGGGAGCAAGUUUGUACAGAAAUACUAGAAAAACCUCUCCAGAAGCGCCCAUUGUUCACCUUAAUCGAUCUUGAAUUAUUUCGAUUCACACUCAUACUUCGUUGAUUACACAGACAGAGAUUGAGAGAGACAGCAGAGAGAGACAGAUGGCCGGAACAGGAGGUUACGCCGUCUCGCGAAGCCACGGCGGCGACCGUUUCUACAAUCCUCCGGCAAUGCGUCGGCAACAGCAGUUACUUUUACAGCAGAAACAAGAAAAAUUGCAGCAUAUGCAGCUUCAUCGUCCGGAAAAGUCGCCGACGCCGGUGGUUGUUGAGCCGGAAAAACAAGCUUCUUCCGAAGAUUCAACGGCUACAUUGUUAAAGAUUGAAUCUUUAUCCACUUGCUCUGAUGUUUCUCCAUCGCCACGCUCUAAUUUAGACUGUUUAGUGGAAGCUGUUACUCCUUCAGUUCCUGCUCGUUACUCUUCCGAGGUGAAUGUUAGGGGUCGGAGAAGUCGAGAAGCUGUGAAGCAACCAUUUUAUUGUCUUGGAGAUUUAUGGGAAUCUUUGAAAGAGGGGAGUGCUUAUGGAGCAGGAGUGCCAUUGGUGUUGAAUGAGAGUGACUCGAUAAUGCAGUACUAUGUGCCGUACCUGUCUGGUAUACAAUUAUAUGUUGAUCCUCGGAAGCUUCCAUAUAAUGUUAGGAGGCCUGAUGAGGAUACUGACACUGACUCUUCAAAAGAGACUAGUAGUUGUGCUUGUGGUGAUUUUGAACCUGAUAAACAAAGAAAAUGUGCUAAACAUGGCCUACAGAGUCCUCAAAACCCAGCAAACUUGAACUCUCGACAGCUGAAUAGUCCUUCGCUGAGAGACAAAUCUGUAAUGAGCUCGCUGGGCAGUGAAGGUGAAACUAGCAAUUCAUCGGGCCUGCUUGUUUGUGAAUUUUUCGAACAAGAACAACCAUAUAUCCGCAAACCAUUAACUGAUAAGAUAAUAAUUUUAGAAUCCCAGUUUCCAAAUCUGAGUAUGUACCGGAGCUGUGAUUUAUUGCCCACAAGCUGGAUAUCUAUAGCAUGGUAUCCAAUAUAUAGAAUACCUAUGGGUUCAACUUUGAAGGAUUUGGAUGCAUCUUUCUUAACAUUUUAUUCCUUGUCAACUCAAAACAGCAGCCAACCUCAAGUUGGAAGUGGAGGCCCGAGCCCAAGGGUUAAUAGUAUGAUUAAAGCUUCAUCAAAAAUUUCACUGCCACUCAUUGGCCUUGCUUCUUACAAGUAUAAAGGUUCGAUUUUGAGUCCAUGUGGCCCUCAGGAAUGUGAGAAGGAAAAGGCACUGAUGCAAGCUGCAGAUGAUUGGCUUCAGGGUUUAAAGGUUUAUCUCCCCGAUUUCAAGUUCUUCCAGUCUCAUUACUCAUCAUGGAGACGAUGAUGCAUGACAGAUUCAUGGUAUGCAUUUGAUCUCUUCCCAAUGGGCAAAAUGUAAAGAUGUCUGUAUUUUGACAACAUUUUGCAAGCUAUAUUGGCUAUGUAGUCUUCGGCACAACCAAAGCCAACGUUUGAACGUUGUGCACUGUUGUUUGACCUUCAAUUACAUUGAGAUCUAGCCGUCUAGGUGAAUGCUUAAUGCUUCAACCUUACUAAAUGCUGAUAGACCAAAUGGUAGGCAGAUCAAACAAUGUAUAGGUCAUCUGAAAUAGCAAAUGUGACUGGUUUAAUAGUGCCUCUCUGCAGUUGCAUUGAAGCAAGUACCUUGAGAGUAUCCCAUUUUGUUCCAUCAUCCCGUCUGAUUAUUGAUAACCUGGAUAUACAGGGAAUGUACCUGCCCGUUAUGUCAGUAUAGGAGGAUAUUGAUUAUUGACUGAUCAAUUCCUGUGAGAGCGAAGAUCAAGAAAUAAAGAUCUGUACAACCUUUGUUUGCAUAUAAACCUUGUACCAUCACAAUGUAGGUUAUGUUCUAAUAUACAAGUUAUGCUCUGUUUGAAGGAGCAGUUUAGUGUUUA